GGGCAAUGCAGCCGAGGCGGGGAGGAAGAACGGUCCCGCUGGAAACGGAAUGUGCAAUCGGCCGUUUUCAGGAAAGCGGUGCGAAGCAGGCUAAGUUGGAAGUGAAGGGCGGGGAGUGCCGCCCUGCGGGUGCCAAGCUCCCGUUACCCUAAAGAGCCACGAGUGCGUCAGUUCUGCAGGCUCGCCCGCUCUCCAAGUGGAAUAUUUCUUUGUAGUCCGCCUUUCGUCUCGGGACCCCCAGGCGGUGUGAUCCCAGUUUUCACAAGCUGACAUCAUGGCGGGGCAAAGAAGGCAACAAUGGCCCCCCGGGCCCCAAACAUGGAGUAUAUAGCUGAUCAAAAGCUAAUUUGUGUUUUUAAACUGUUUUAAUUUGUUUUAUGUUGCUGUAAACUGCCCAAAGAUGCAGGUUUGAGGUAGUGUGCAAAUAAAAUAAAUAAAAAUUUUAAAAUUAAAAAUUGCCAUCACAAGGUCUGAUGGUAAUGAAUGUUAUAAGCUAAAAAUGCCUUGUGUGAAGUAGUUGUCUUUUAUGUCCUCUGAACCUACUGCCAGUGGUUUUCACUGGAAGACCCAGAGUUGUAGCAUUAGAAGAGAAGGGUGGGGGGACGACGAGACCCUCUAUUCAUUUUUCCAUACCAACCAUUCUUAAUUUUAUAAACAUCUAUUCCCCCUUAACUAAAAUGGCCCAAUUUGGCCUUUCCUUGUAGAAAAUAUGCUCCAGCAAUCCCUUGAUUAGUGACAAAGCAACAAGUAAAGUGUCUUAAGGGUCACUCAGGUAGAGUAGUGGCAAGCUAUGCCCAGGGAGCCGAUCCUCCUGUCAUGCAGGGGCCCUGCUGUUGUCCCCAGCUUCCUUUUCAAGGGAUCAAAACACAGUUAUAAAGCAGGUGGUUUCCAACGAGAAUUGACCACAAGAAGUUUAAAUUCUAAGACCAGAGAGCGAUGGAUUCUGGGGCUAGAAACCUGCACUAGCGGUGGACGCUUAAGGUGUGUGAAAUGGAGAGUCUUGAAUUUAAAAGGGUAUUGCUUGGAAGCCUUCUGGAGGGGAAAAGGGGCUGGAAAUUUUCCUAACCCACUCCUGGGCUCCACUAUGGCCCACACUCUCAUGAGAAAGUGUUCUCUGUGUGUUUGCCAUGUCUCAUGAGCACAGCUUUUGGGCUGAUUUUUGGGUCAGGGAUCCCUAUGGGGGUUCUCUUUUUAUUCUGGGUGGGUUGGUCACUCUCCCAGCGGAUCUGGCUGACUAGAACUUUACACACACACACUUUGGAUGAGAAUGGGAAAUCAUGUAAAAUACUCCUGAGAGCUGUGGAAGGCUUCUUGAAGCUGGUUGGCUGAUAUCAGCCGCCUCACCUCCUUGUCUGUGACUGUGAUGCUGGGAUUAGGAGGAUCUUUAAUGACAGCCCCAGGGCUUCAAUGCCCCCCUUUUCAUUCAACAGCUCUCUCCAGACACUCUGGAAGCACAGGGUAGCAUCCCCCAUACCUAUGGCAACCAAGAUUUCUAACCAUCAGACACCCAAGCCACCUAUGGUCUCAAAAUCCUGAGUUCUGCCUACAUUACAAUCUUAUUACCCCAACAAUCCUUGCUAGUUUGUUGGGUACCGGUUCUUCUUCCAAGAAGAUAUGAACAAGAACACUGUCUCUAACCACUAUAAUUACAGCCUCGGUGCUGGUCAUGGAGGCGGACAGAAAGGAGAGCCUUGCCCUGAAAGAGACCAUUUCCUUCCUUCUGUAUCCUACUAUGCAUCUGUAAUAUCACACCUCCUCAGUCAGCCAGAUGCUAAUGCCGAACUGGAUCCAAGCCUUCUUCUCCCUUCCUCACAGAAAACUGAACUGCUGUUCCAAAGGCCUGGGAACAGUACAUCUUCUAGGGAGACCUCCUCAUUGAGUCAGUUGCCUGUCUAUGACUUGAGUCACCCUAGUCGGUUCCAUAAUGAACACUUGCAAGCUAAGAGGGCCAGGGUGGAAAACAUUAUCCGGGGCAUGAGCAUCAUGCCAAACGCCAUAGUGCCUGAUCUCCUAGGGGAAGGAGACCAACACCAGGUGGAGAAAGAAAAGGAGAACUAUAGAGAGAACAGGAGAAAACAGAAAAUUCCUCAGCAGCAAAGUCCACAUGAAACUUCUCUGGCAAGACCUGGCAGAAUAGACCUGCAGGCAGAAGAAUGCCUCCAGCUGAAAAAACAGCUCCAUCUUUUGCAGCACCAGCUGAAGCAGCUUCAGGAGAGGUUCCUUCAGCCUUAUGAGCUCAGUGAUUCCAGCCCAAGCCAAAGUGGUACGGCAAAGACUGCACACUUGCUGAAGGAGGCUCUGGGGCAACAUUUGGACAACAGCAACCAAGGUGUGGCGAGUGACCCACACACAGAUAAUUUAUGGAGACGUAUCCCCAAGAUGGGAGGAUCAAAGCUGUCAGAGGAAGGGGCUGAAAUGAGGGCGUCCCUUAUUCCAACUCCAGAAGAGAGAACUCUGUCAGAGAUAUUAAAACAUGAGUUAAUCCAGGUGGUGACACAAGCCGUGGACUCUGUUUUGAAAAAAGUCCUUUCUAAACCACCAGGCUCCCAAUCCCCGUUGAAUAACAGCCCUCCAGUGUCAGGUUCCUCUACUGGGAGAGGCUGUAGAGAUGAGUCUGAGGAAAGCACAGCCAGAAGGUUUCCUCCUAAGGCUUCUUCCCAGAAAGGCUCCAUCUCACUAGUGACAAGUAAAUCUCCAGGCUUUCCAGAGUAUCGCAACUGCUCAAAAACAGAAAGAACCCCCUGCCAGGCCCUACAUGUAAAUUAUCCUUUAGUGAUGACCUCUGAAGCUUCAGGCAACGGGAUUCUUAGCCAAAUGCUAGUAUGUGGUCAGAAUGACCAUUGGGGCAGCCCCCCUCCAAGAAUGGUCUCUUCUCCGGAAGCAUUAGAUGUUCCCUGGCAACCAAUCAAACUGAAGUCAUCAUUCAUGAGACACCAGCAAUAUCCAGUGUCCUAUAAAUCUGCUGAAAUGGGAAGUUUGGCUCCUCUUCCAGCCUCAAACACAGAGUUUGCUGAGGUGCAUGCAGUGAUGAACAGGAUGCCCUUCGCCUCAACACAUAUCCGGGAAGCCUUGACUCCUAGCCAUCUGAAAAAGGCUAAGCUGAUGUUCUUUUUCACUCGCUACCCCACAUCUUCUCUUCUGAAAGCCUACUUCCCUGAUGUCCAGUUCACCCGCUGUAUCACCUCUCAGCUCAUCAAGUGGUUCAGCAACUUCCGUGAGUUUUACUAUAUCCAGAUGGAAAAGUUUGCUAGGCAAGCCAUCUUGGAGGGAGUCACAGAUGUCAAUGACCUCAUUGUUUUAAGGGCCUCUGAGCUCUUCCGGACCCUCAACGCACACUACAACAAAGGGAAUGAUUUUGAGGUCCCUGAUGGUUUCCUGGAUGUUGCCAGCCUGACCCUUCAAGAGUUCUUUAGUGCCAUCAGGGCAGGGAAGGACUUGGACCCUUCUUGGAAAAAACCCAUUUACAAAAUUAUUUCCAAACUAGAUAGUGAGAUUCCAGAUGCCUUUAAAGCCUCCAGUUGCCCCCCGGACCUGACCCAGAGUUAACUCAUCAUUACCAUAAAAAUUGGCAUGUGGCAAUGAGAUUCCCAGCGAAGAGACUGGUCAGAGUCAAGGUCCAGUCUUCCCUGCAUGUUUUGUUUCCUGACCACACUGGAAUAUAAUAAUGGAACCUGAAUUGAUGUAGGAGAAAGAUUGUAGCACUGUUCAUAUGUCUACUGCUUAGUGGAAUUAGAUGUAUGAAAGGUUCUAUUCUGGGGUGCAGGGAGAAAUCUUCUGCCCUGUCUGCCAAAUAGACACUAUGCCAACCACUUAGCAUGCUACUUCUAUGCAAUCUGUCAUUUUAUUUGCACCUCUUUCUUGGUAUUGGCCACACUCUGGCCAAAUCUGGCAAAAACUAGGCAUGCCAAAAAUCCCACUGAAACCACUAGAACCAAAAUAUGUCAUUAAAUGCAAAAGGCUGCAAAGCUAUACAUAUUUAUUUGAGAGUAAGCCUUGAACUCAAUGGGGGCCUACUUCUGAGAAAACAGGUGCAUAGUAUUGUUCUUUUAAUUUCAAUGGAAUUUAAGCAUGCUUAAAGGUAAAGUGUGCUGUCAAGUCAGUGAGUGUCGACUCCUGUCGACCACAGAGCCCUGUAGUUGUCUUUGGUAAAAUACAAGAGGGGUUGACAAUUGCCAUCUUUCACACAGUAUGAAAUGAUGCCUUUCAGCAUCAUCGGUAAGUCUCAAUUCUUCUCUUUUCUGGAAACUCCAAAAACAAAACUGUGUGUCUGUAAAUGAGAUCCUGUAAGCCCUUCAGCUCCACAAGUGAGAUGGACGCAGGAAAUGUAGUCUUCUAUCUGAACAAGUCCAAUGUUACUUGUUUUCAAUGGGAUUUACUCCCAGGUAAGUAUGCAUAGGACUACAGGCUGAAGCAAUUUACUCAAAGGAGUCUAGCUGAAGUUAAAAGGACAAGUUAGGCACUGUCUAACAUCCUCUUAAUUUCAAUGGGACUACUUUGAAUAAUUUUCUUCAUCAUGUCAGCCACACCCUUAGGUAAAUCUGUAAUGUUUGCUUUGCUGCUAUUUCUUUGUUAAAGUGUCUUGUCAGAUGGAGAAUUUUUGAACACCCUUCAUUUUUUUCCUACAAGCUUCAGGGAAUAGACUCCAAAUCCAUUGAGACUGAUUUUUGCGGCAUUCAAAUUUAUUCCUGCCACUUACGGGGGUGGGUGGGAACUGGACACACUGAUGUCAGAACAACCCAGGAUCAUUUAUUUAUAUUAUAUUAUAUUUAACACGUUUGUAUACCGCCCAAAAUGCAAGCCUCUGGGUGAUUUACAACAAAACCGCCCUAGCCGCUUAGCUAGCUCACUCCUUAGAUUGUAUAUAGACUUUAUGUCCAAUUCAUCAUGAAAUAAGCAAGAUGCUUGGUAAUAAAGCAAAAGGAUCAUCUAGGAUAUAGUGAAUUGUGAGACCUAAAAAUUGAUAUGGUACACAGAAAUAAAAUAUAGAAAAUGAA